AUGGCCAUUGACUCCAAGAUGACAGCCUUAGUUAACCGUGGAUCUGCCGAGCAGUCCCCGCGCUUGUCCAAAGAAGAGAUCGACGUUCCAGUUCCUGUUGGUCAUCAAAUCCUCGUGAAGAUUUCUCACGUUGCGCAGAAUCCGACUGAUGUCCAGAGCCUUGAUGGUAAUGCGUUUGGAGAUGGUGCUGUGCUCGGCUGUGACUUCGUAGGGGAAUGUGUUGAGCUCGGCAGCUCCGUCAGACGUUAUAAGAAAGGCGAUAUCCUAGCGGGCUUGAUCUGGGGUGGCGAGAUUAAGGGUCUGGGUGCUUACAGCCAAUACACCUUGGCAGACGAGAGAAUCUCGUUUCCACUAUCGUCAACCGUCUCUCCAGAACACGCAAGUACUGUUCCUUUGGCAGCAGCAACCGCUUGGUUGGCCUUGUACUCCAAGGGCUCUCUGGCUAUCGAUCGGGAGCAAGACAAAGGCAGUAGCGUUUUGGUUUGGGGUGGUAGUUCCAGUGUUGGGUUGUACGCCAUCCAGGUAGCUUCUAUGUAUGGCAUGAAAGUUAUCACUACUUGCAGCCCAAAGCAUGCAGAUCUAGUGCGCUCGUAUGGUGCCCGUCAUGUCUUCGACUAUAAGGAUGAAGACGUGGUUGGCAAGAUCAAAGGCGUGGCUCCUACACUCAGAUACGCCUUUGAUACGAUCGGCAAUACUACCUCUUCGCCUACUGCCUCGCAGGCCCUGCAAGAUGGGGUCGGCAACGUAUGUACUGUACGACCAGGCAAGGCUAACACUGAGAAUGUGGCCCGAGGGACUCACGUCACGGAUGUGUUGGUGUGGACUGCAUUUCUCAAGGACCAUGCAUAUGGAACGUUCAAGUGGCCAGCCUCCAAAGAGGACCAUGAGCUGUCAUCGGAGUUGUUCGAGAAGCUUCCUGCUUGGUUGGAGAAAGGAACCCUCAAGCCCAGUCAUCCCAAAUCUUAUCAGGGCCUGGGAUCAGUGCCUAAGGGAUUUCAAGAGUAUAGAGAUGGGAAGAUCUCGGCGUACAAGAUUGUUUAUACACUCUAG